UCUCCAGCCCUGACCCGGGACGCUUCCGCCUGCUGAGUCCCUCCAGCAUCGCUGAUCAUUAAGGCUGUUUCUCCCUCCACAGCCGCUGCCCGACCUACCGGCUGUUUCCAACACGUCCGCUUUUGUUUCACCAAGUCUCUGCCCUCACCGCGAUGGCGGCCGGCGCGCCCUCUGCCCUCACCGCGAUGGCGACCUGCCCUGAGCCGGGGCGGUGCGGGGGCCCGCUGGCGCCGCUCAUGCAGCGCUAUGUGGCGGCCAUGGUGCUGAGUGGAGCCGCCGAUGCGCUCGGCUACAAAGGCGGCGCCUGGGAGUUCUGCUUCAGCGGCCCGCAGAUCCACGACGAGCUGCGGACGGCGGGCGGCCUGCGGCGGCUCGACGUGUCGGGCUGGAUGGUCAGCGACGACACGGUGAUGCACCUGGCGACGGCCGAGGCCCUGGCGGCCGCCCCGGGGCCCGAGGAACCGCCGGAGACGCUGUACUCGCGGCUGGCCCGGGGCUACAAGGAGAGCAUGGAGGACAUGUCGGGGCGGGGGCCGGGGCUCACGUGUGUGAACUCUGUCCGGCUGCUGAAACCAGACCUUCCCGGCGGAUGGAAGAUCCCGUUCAACCCCAAAGGCGGCGGCUGCGGAGCUGCCAUGCGGGCCAUGUGCGUGGGGCUGCGGUAUCCCCAUCCUCACCAACUGAAGCAACUGAUUGCAGUGGCUGUGGAAAGUGGCCGAAUGACCCACCACCACCCCACGGGUUACCUGGGGGCAGUGGCUGCUGCAUUGUUCACCGCUUAUGCUGUAAAUGGGAAACCUGUUGUGAGCUGGGGUGAAGGCCUGAUGAAGGUGUUGGAGGAAGCCGAGAGCUACGUGAAGAAGUCUCAGCACUAUUCUGAAGAAAACCUGGCUGCAUGGUCCUAUUUUAAAGACCACUGGAAUAAGUACCUUCAGGCGAGAGGCAUUCAGGACGGAGUGUCGAAGCCAAUUUUCCCCGAGCGUUAUGGUGUGGCUGAACGUGAUGAAUUUUAUGCUUCUGUCAGCUUUGACGGCUGGGGUGGAGCCAGUGGGCACGAUGCUCCCAUGAUAGCCUACGAUGCCAUCCUGGGGUCAGGCAAGUCGUGGGAGGAACUUUGCAACAGAGCGGUUUUCCACGGCGGAGAUAGUGGAUUCUACUGGUGCUAUAGCAGCAGCUUGGGUGGGGGAGCCUUGUAUGGCUUUCAUGAGGUUCCUGUGUCCAACUACCAAGGCUUAGAAUAUCGGAGCAGAUUGGAAUCUGUGGCUGAGAAGUUGUUCUAUUUAAGCCACUCAAGUUCUGAAUCAGAAGUAGUGCAGAAAACUUGCACAAAGCGCUCUCUCUCCCAAUGCUGAAACUGUCCUUGUCUGCAAGUAAAUGAUAAAUGGAUAAAGUACUAAUCCACUAACGAAUAAUGUGGAUGAAUACAAGUAUAAAAGGCUGUCCACAUGGGAAAUAGUUUGGUUUGUUCCUUCUCUCUUUUCUCCUUUCUAACCACAAUCGGUGCCAUGUCUGGUACCAGGUGCGGUACAGUGAACAAAGUUUCACAAUAACAACGGCCUUAAUGUCCAAAUUCUGAAUAGUUGAGGGAACAAGUGAUGCAUCGUUUUCACAGGAAUUAUCAACACUUGAUUCCGGAGAAGUUAAUUUUAGUUGCACAUGAAUGAAAGUUGAGCAUUUAUAAAUGGUUUAAUUUUGAUAUGGGUGCAGGAAUAGGAGAGGAAAUAUAAAAUACUUUGAGGUGGCAAAAUAACAUUUAGAAGGCUGUUUCUUAGAAAAAUAAAAUUCUUGGCUUCAUACACCUUAAUUAUUCAACUAGGAAAUUUUUAUAAAUCACUGCAGCAUUCUGGACUUUUCACUAUCUUCUGCAGCCUCACUAAUCAUACCUCUUACAUUCACAUCUAAGUGAACGUAUACAGCAACGAUCCCAGCAGUGAUCCCUGCAGUGCACCACUGGUCACAAUAACAACCCUCCACCAUACUCUGUCUCCUGUCACUAAGCCAGUUUUGAUCUAAUUUACCAACUUGACUUGGAUUCCAGUUCCAGUGUUAAAUAAACAAUUCAUGUCUUCAUGGUUUCCUUUAUUUGGAUUCAGCAGCCCAGUCAUGUUCAAAUCUCUCGCUCUGCAUCUCAAAGAAGAAAUCUCUCAUGGAGUAAUACAGCACGGCCCAACUCAUUCAUGCCCCUCAGGUCUCUUUACCCUCUCACCUUAAACCUAUGCCCUCUAGUUUCCCUUUCUCAUUGCUAGAUGGUGCCGGAGCGCGGCGACUUAAUGCAAGCUGCUCUCUGCAGAUCUACUCAUUACUUUUAUUAACAUCGUUCUACUCUUUAAAAAUUAAAUUUUUUGUACCUCAAUGCACUGUGUAAUGAAUUUGUACAAACGGUAUGCAAGGCAAGUUUUUCACUGUACCUCGGUACAAGUGACAAUAAUAUACCAAUAAAAGACUGUAUUAACCCUA